UAACUCAAACAACACUUGAAAGUAACAUAAAUGUUACACUACAAUCGAAACGAACGAUAUCCACAAUUGUUACCGAAACAACCGCAUAAACAAUUACCACAGGAAAAUUUCCAGCAACAACAGCAACAGCAACAUCAACUACAACAACAACAACUACAGAGAAAAAUACCUAUUUUACGGGUACACUAUAUACGCAUCAAUUCCAAAGACGGUAGUAGUGCCGGAAAUGUUGCCAAAAUGAAAACCAUUGCUCCAAACAUACGACGGCGACGUCGUUGCGAUAAACAUCAUUUGGAAUUAUAUCGCGAUGCACCUGAUGUGACCAGUGUAACAACAGCGAGUACAUCCUCCCACGCAUCAGUGCCACUAACAGUGAAAUCAGUCUCAGCCACAACUUCUGCAGCAACAUCACCAAUACAUGAUAUAGGCAUACCAGCGCCACCAAUAACGCCACCACCGGCAUUCUUAUCGGCUGGCUAUAAACGUGGUUCAACCAGUAGUGGUGCUACAAUCAAACGUUGCUUAGAACCCAGAAAAGACAAGACUGAUGCACCACACGGUGGUAAUGGCACACUAUCACCCAAUACCGAACAACCAUCAUGUCAAGGCUCAAUGUUACCGCCACCUGGCGGUGGCAUCACGCAAGCAAAUCACGCUCAUGCUACACACGGCGGUGGCAAUGGACGCGAUCAACAUGAUUCACAUUCGCAAAAUUCCAAAAUGGAACGUCCAAAUACGCUUGGAACGAAUAAGCUUUCACGUCGUGUUAAUAUUUGUUAUCAUAACGAACAUUAUCCUGAUGGCGGUGCUGCUACAAAUAAUGUUAUUGGUGGACCACCUGGUAGCACACCACCACCAUAUGCUGACGCUGGGCAUCAUCAUGGCAAAUUGAGCGCACAUGUAUUGCUCUCAGAGCUGCCAGAACCACCCAUACCUGUUUCAGAAAUUGGACCUAUCCCACCGCCGCCAAUGUUCUCAACACCGAGUCCCACAUUAAUAGCGGGCAGGCCGCAUGGGCCUGGCGCGGUUAACGAUCAGGAUUAUCAAGACUAUGAUUAUGAUGAUCAUGAUAAUGAACAGGAUGAAAUAGAUUCCGAUGAGGAAUAUAUGUUCCAACUGCAACAUACCAAUCAUGUCGAUACACAACGCGUUGAGGAAAUUCCAGCCAAAGAGCCAAAACCAAAUGCAGUUCCUCUUAAGUCAGCAUUAAAAAAGAAACCAGGCCAAACUUCCACAUCAUCACCGGCCACACCAACACAAGAUCAUGUCAAUGCCAAUGGCAGUGUACAAGGUAUGUCUGCUAGCGGCAGUGGCAUGACAGCAAAUCAACGUCCUUUAGUGGUGCGUCAGGAUGCGGCCAAUAAUUAUUCAUUAAAGCCAAUACUACGACCACGGAUUAGAAUAUGUAGGCAACAAAUGUUCAAUAUCAACUUGCCAUGUACCGUCGAGAAUAAAGAGAAUACGCGCCCAUUUGUGAUACGCGAAAGCAGCAGUGACAGCGAUGAAGGGGACGGGCGCAUUUUAUAUCGCGAAGACGACAACGAUAGACAGGCGAAAAUCGCACGUAAGGAGUCCCUAUCGCUUAAGUUGCAAUUGCGACCGGAUAAACAGGAUCUGAUAAAUCGCAAUAUUUUACAUCAAGUCACCGAUAAUGAACUGAAGGAAUCAAAGGAAGCGAUUGGUGCGCGACUUAUACGACGCUUGUCAAUGCGACCCACUGCGGAGGAAUUAGUGGAACGCAAUAUUUUAAAGACACAAUCACCCGCCGAAGAGAAAAAACAAAAGGAGGAGAAAAAAUCGUAUCUGCUACGUAAGCUCAGUUUUCGACCCACUGUCGAGGAGCUAAAAGAAAAGAAGAUUAUACGCUUCAAUGAUUAUAUUGAAGUAACUCAGGCGCACGAUUAUGAUCGACGUGCGGAUAAGCCAUGGACAAGACUGACGCCAAAGGAUAAGGCUGCCAUACGUAAGGAAUUAAAUGAAUUCAAAUCAUCUGAAAUGGCAGUGCACGAAGGCAGUCGACAUUUAACAAGGUUCCAUAGGCCAUGACAAAUACAAUGG